GUAACAUCCUCAUUGCCUAUAUCAGUCGUGGCCAACUGGACAACUUGCAAGAGCAGAAUGCCACCCUGCGCGAGGUGACGCUGCAACAAGCCCUGCUGGACAACCACGUCAUCAUCAACGCGUAUAUGCCAGUGGAGGAGAAGAGUGCCACAGUGCUGUUUGAGAAGAUGUUUAUGCAGCAUCUGGCUACCCGGUCAGUCAUCUCACGCUCUGCUUGCAUGCCUUUUUUGAUGCCCCGACUGUAA